AUGGCUCCACGAGGUUCUUCAAACGAUGCAGGAAAGCGAGCUGUCCGCGUGUCUUGCGAAUCGUGCAGAGCAAGAAAAGUCCGAUGCCCAGGAGAAAACCCAAACUGCUCAAAGUGCCGGUCAUCUGGACGAGAAUGUUCCUAUUCCCCCCAGAAGCCUAUGGGUAGACCAAAGGCUAGGAGCCAAGCUCGACGCCAGGAGUUGCUGCUCCCGCGCCAUUCUCCUAUACCCCAGUUGUUACCCGCCAGAGUAUCCGGGAGGUCAACAACCACAUCGGAUGCCGCAACAGAAACCUCACAUGCCCUCGGCAGUGAGCUAACUUUCGACAGCCCUGUGGACCUUGGGCGGGACCUUGAACACGAGAUACCUCAAUGCCAUGUUGAUCUCGGCCACGUCACUCGUAGCAGAACAGAAAUAGUUCCAGAAAGCCAGUCAGCGUUCCCCUCGCUUAUGACUGCCACUCAGCCGGCUUCGGGUGGCUGCGCAUGUCUCUCUGUUUUGUACCUUUUACUCGAAAAUCUGCGCAUUAAGGAUAACCUCACAGCACCAAAUGAUUUUGGCCUCCUAAGAAAUACAAUAGAGUCGGCAUCUGAGGUUCUUACUUGUGAACGUUGUCCCCUUCGGUAUUUCUCAAUCGUUCAAAAUGCCGCCAUGCUAGGAAUUCUGUGCCUCUGUGUUGCAGAGUCUUACCACAGACUAAUGCGGUCAAUUGACGAGGAAGAGAACCGAUCACUAAAGGCUGGCGAGAAGAAGCAGAUCAGCAUCCACAAUGGUGGAACACAAGCUAGCCAGCCUCCCCUUACGGAGACAUCGCCUCUUUUCUCCGUAAGUGUAUCGCCGGCACAGUGGGGGAGUAUGAUGCGUGAUUUGGUUAGGACAGAGGUCUUCGGCACAGAAGGUCACAGGGAUAAGUGCCUCAAAGGAUUUAUAACCCGCUUGGAACAAAGGCAGAGGCGAUGGCAUCACACGCCACCUGCACCGGAUUGCCCGCCUAGUUAUCGGUCUCUCUGUGGCCCAUCAGAUCGGGAACCGACUUGCCUAAAGCUGAUUGAUAACUCGAAGAGGCUAAUUGAUCUUCUUGAGCUUUAG